GUGGCAGUGCUGGGUGUUGGGAGCGUGGCUGUCACUGCGCUGGAGCAUCCCUGAUUUUCUGAACAGAGCCGACUAGUCAGCAGUGCAGCAGCCGCAACUCCACGCCGAUCUCAUCUGUCUCGUGUCUCCGCUCAGGCGAUCCUCUGAGACUCCGCACAAAGCACAUUUUCCAAAGCAGCGCAAGGGAGCGCCCAGCCGCGUGCAGGCGGACGCACCCUUCCUGUCCUUUGUUCCGGGGGGAUCUGCAGCUGCUUUUCUCCCCAAGUCGGAGUCUUUCCUCCCGGGGUGGCGGGUCGCCGAAUACAGCUACGAAGAUGCCUUUGGAACUGACCCAGAGCCGGGUACAGAAGAUCUGGGUGCCCGUCGAUCACCGACCCUCGUUGCCCAGAUCAUGUGGGCCAAAGCUGACCAACUCCCCAACAGUGAUUGUGAUGGUGGGGCUCCCAGCCCGGGGUAAGACUUACAUCUCCAAGAAGCUGACUCGCUACCUCAACUGGAUAGGUGUUCCAACGAAAGUGUUCAAUGUGGGAGAGUAUCGACGGGAGGCUGUGAAGCAGUACAGCUCUUACAACUUCUUCCGCCCUGACAACGAGGAAGCCAUGAGAGUCCGAAAACAGUGUGCCUUAGCUGCCUUGAGAGAUGUCAAAAGUUACCUGACAAAGGAAGGAGGACAGAUUGCAGUUUUUGAUGCCACCAAUACGACUAGAGAAAGGAGGCACAUGAUCCUUCAUUUUGCCAAAGAAAAUGACUUCAAGGUAUUUUUCAUCGAGUCGGUCUGUGAUGAUCCUACUGUUGUGGCCUCCAACAUCAUGGAAGUUAAAAUCUCCAGCCCGGAUUACAAAGACUGCAACUCGGCAGAAGCAAUGGACGACUUCAUGAAGAGAAUCAAUUGCUAUGAAGCCAGCUACCAGCCUCUUGACCCUGAUAAAUGUGACAGGGACUUGUCUCUCAUCAAAGUGAUUGACGUUGGCCGGAGGUUCUUGGUGAACAGAGUGCAGGACCACAUCCAGAGCCGAAUUGUGUACUACCUGAUGAACAUCCACGUGCAGCCCCGUACCAUCUACCUGUGUCGGCAUGGCGAGAAUGAGUACAACCUGCAGGGGAAGAUUGGGGGCGACUCAGGCCUGUCCAGCAGAGGCAAGAAGUUUGCCACUGCCCUGAGCAAGUUUGUGGAAGAACAGAAUCUGAAGGAUCUCCGUGUGUGGACCAGCCAGCUGAAAAGUACCAUCCAGACUGCGGAGGCACUGAGGCUCCCGUAUGAACAGUGGAAGGCACUCAACGAGAUCGAUGCUGGUGUGUGUGAGGAACUAACCUAUGAGGAGAUCAGAGACACCUACCCUGAGGAGUAUGCACUGCGUGAACAAGACAAAUACUAUUACCGUUAUCCCACUGGUGAGUCCUACCAGGAUCUUGUCCAGCGCCUGGAGCCUGUGAUCAUGGAAUUAGAGCGCCAAGAGAAUGUAUUGGUCAUCUGUCACCAGGCUGUCCUACGCUGCCUACUAGCCUACUUCCUUGACAAGAGUGCAGAGGAGAUGCCAUACCUGAAAUGUCCCCUUCACACUGUCCUGAAACUGACACCCGUGGCGUAUGGGUGCCGUGUGGAGUCCAUUUACUUGAAUGUAGAAUCAGUGAGCACACACCGGGAGAGGUCAGAGGCUGUCAAAAUACAACACUUUGCCAGUGUAGUCAGACCUUCCUCUUACACCGAACUUGACUUUCUGUCUGUGGAGUCCGAAAAACAGGAUGCAAAGAAGGGACCUAACCCACUCAUGAGACGCAAUAGUGUCACCCCACUAGCCAGCCCCGAGCCCACCAAAAAGCCUCGCAUCAACAGCUUUGAGGAGCAUGUGGCUUCCACUUCUGCUGCCCUGCCAAGCUGCCUGCCCCCGGAAGUGCCCACGCAGCUGCCCGGACAACCUUUGCUAGGGAAAGCCUGUCUAACAUGAAGAGCCCCCGGAGUGGUGCCGACUCUUCCCAGAAGCACUAAAGCUGAAAUGUGGGUUCCAUUCCAUUUCCACAGCCUGCCUUGUGCCCGCUCAUCUACCUGAGGCCAAGUGAUCCCAAGGACUUCUGGACUGGGGGAGAAUGGAGGUCUGAAGGUUGAAGAGUAGCAGCCCCUCCCCCUCUGAGAUGUUGGGGUGGCAAAGACAACUAGGAAGUUGUACAGAUCCCAGCUUUCUGUGGCAAAGCAGCAGACCUCCCUACACUCUGUUCUCUUGCCACUUUCAGGGCUGUCUGACCUCACAGACCCUUCCAAAGCUUGGGGAGGAUUGUAGUACUUGAGGAGAUCAGACCCCAGUUGGGGCCCUGGACACCACCAUGCUGUUCUGUUUUGUUUCUUUGGAUCCUGGCGUGGCAUGUUGAUUAGACAAGAGUGGCAGAGAAUCCUGAGAUUCGGUUAGACCCCACUUCCUGGAGGCUCAGGGAUGAUCAAACAUUCUCAUGUGGCUUCUAUGCAUUUUGGCCUAGGAAGAGGCCUAAGAGACUUGGGCACAUACUGCAUUGGGUAUGGGGUAUUCUCCUGAGGAGUCCUUGAGCUGAGGCCUGCUGAGCAAUGAUAUGCCUUGGCUCCUCCACGUGUCCACAUGCCUUCUAGGUCCCAAGUUAAGGGACAGACUGGUUGUGUCAGUGGAAGGAAGGAUUUUGCUGAGAAAAAUAACUAGGGCCCUCUCUUCCCAGGGGCCCUUAAGCCUUCCGUUCUUCACCUUGGGCCUGAGGCACCUGAGUAGAUCCUGUGGCUGUUUGUUUGCACUUUCUGUCUCUCCCCUCCCCCUCUGUCCCCCUCCCUCCCCACACCUCACUUCAGGAACUUAGAUGACAGGGUGCUGGCCCUUGGAGGCUCGAAGCUGCUGAAUGGGAGGAGUUGGAGUGUCUGCGAGAUGGAGGAUCUCAGAGCCUUCUGCUACACUCACAUUGUUCAAGAAGGGAUGGUGGCCCAAGGAAGGCUCAUUUCAGGCCGCCUGCUCAUAGAGCUGUCCCCAUAUUUUGGCCAAGUGUCUAUUGUUGUAUGCCUCAUACCACCACGCUUGGCAUCUCAAGGAGUUCCCAAGAGUAGAAAAUCGUCCUUGUCAGCUUUAUGGUGUCGGCGACAAUUUUGCAUGGGUUGAAAGUAGCGCUAAUGUUUCUGCCCUUGUCUGCCUGUUUCUCCCUUUGUCCACCCAAGUUCUGGAGGAGGACAGGACAUCCCAAGCCUGGAAGAAACCAUUUGGAAGCUCAGCAGUGUUAGCCCAAAUGACCCUUUAUGAGGAUGCUACACAGCGAGGGCCGAACUUUACUUUCUGCUUUCUUCCUGUGAGUCCUAAGGAUCCUAUCCUCCCCAGCUCUGGGGACAAGUCCUUGGGUGACACAGGGCAUGCUUCUGACACUUUAAAGUCACUUUGUGUUUUCACAGCUGACCAUUCAAGCAUUCGGCCCAGCCCACUACCCUUUAAAUCUGUGGUUCACCAGGAGAUAGAUAGAUAUAUAUAUAUAUAUAUAUAUAUAUAUAUAUAUAUAUAUAUAUAUCCAUUUGAUGACUUGGGCUGUUUUCUCUCUGUGGCUUGAGUCUUGACAAGGAUAUGUGCAGUGCAGACUUGGGCUGAAGUGUGUGCAGGCAGAUAAUACUUUUGGACCUGGGGACCUGCAGCAUUGCUUUGGGGGAUGGGGUGGGGGGGUGGGGAGCAGGAUCGGAACUGUGUAGCCCAAACUAGCCUCCAACUCAUGGCCGUCCUCCUGUCUCAGCCUCCCAAAUGUUAGCCAUUCGGGUUAUAAGCGUGAGCCACCAUCAUGCCUGGUACUAUGGCUUUGUGCCUGAAGGUAGUUUCUUCGAUGCCUUCUUCUGACCACAUCCAUUUUAUAGUUACAGAACAUAGAGACUCUCAAAGGCUGAGACAGGUAGGGGUGAUCACGUGUGAUCAGCUUAAGUCAGUACAUCAAGAGAAAGCUUUGCCCAAUGUGAUUUCACAUUCUGUGACCAUCUCUGAGUAAGUAAGUUCAGGCCCAGGAGAUCUUGAAGUGGUUGGAACAUGGCUUCUUCCUUCGAAAGCCAGUGACUUGGUGGAUGAGAUGGGUAGCAGCACCCACAGGACUUCCACUCUCUCACCCAAAACAACAAAAUAAAAUGGGGACCAAUGUUUUUAACUUUGCAUAUUUGUUUUGGGGGUAAAUUUCUCCCCUUUUCUUCAACAACGGGCAAUACCCUUGAUUUAUGGGGAGAAGAAAAACUGUUGGAACCACACCAAGGAUCUUUUCAUUUGUAAUACUUGAAAUUUAUUUUUUUAUUAUUUUGAUAGCAGAUGUGCUAUUUAUUUAUUUAAUAUGUGUAAGGGAGCCUAAACCUAGAGAGCUGUAUAGAUUGGGUUUAAUUGUUCAUUGGCGUGGGACCUUCCAAUGUGUGACUUAUGACUUCUUCAUGUUCUGUGUAAUUGUCUCUGUCGAUGCCUUGGGAAGAAGCUAUUCAAGCUUUUAAAUAGGAGGCGCCUUUCAGAAAUUUGUAUAUUUUGCAGUUGCAAGAACAAUAAAAACCUGGUUGAGAUA